ACACCUGGGACAGCAGGGACACCUGGGACAGCAGGGACAGAUGGGACAGCAGGGACACCUGGGACACCUGGGACAGCAGGGACACCUGGGACAGCAGGGACACCUGGGACAGCAGGGACAGAUGGGACACCUGGGACAGCAGGGACACCUGGGACACCUGGGACAGAUGGGACAGAUGGGACAGCUGAGCAGAGAGGAGCUCCAGGAGCUGCUGCUGAGACAGCAGAAGAUCCUCAGUAACAGGAGGUUUCUCCAGAGUCUUCCUGACAAAGGGAAAAAGAUUAAAGAUUUUGCAGAGAAAGUGCGUCUUGCCAUUGAACACCAUGAUGAAGACGAGAGGAGGCGGAGCUUGGAGUCCGCUGCCAGGACAGAGUUACAGUCCAAGUACCAGCAGGCUUUCACUUCACAACGACGAGCGAUCCCCGACUCACCUGCUGCAGGUGAUGCAGCCUCACCUGUCUCGGCUCGUGUUCAGGAAAACGACAAGCAACGGGAGCAGUUCGUCUCCAUGGAGACGGCUGCUGCCGGGGCCUCUCUGGACUCUGAGGGGGACCUGGUGGAGGCCCUGGACAGGGUCAGGCUGUCUGAAACUAGUCCUGGUUUCAGCAGAGAGUCCAAAGACCCAGGAAACAGCAAUUACUUUCUCAGAAAACAGCCUCACUACGUCACAGUCCUGGAGAAAACGGAGAAGACUUCAGCUCUCAGGAAGCAAAUCUUCAGACCAAAUCAGCUGCCCCACAAACCUGGCCCCGUCUCUCCUGAGGGCCCCUCGUCUCCCAGCCCGUCUCCUGAGGGCCCCUCGCCGCUAUCUGCUCAGGCCAGGAGGGAGCGGGACAGGAAACACCUGGAUGACAUCACCGCCGCCAGGCUGCCUCCUCUCCACCACAGCCCGGCCCGGCUGCUGUCUAUGGACGAGUCGGCUAUCCUGCUGAAGGAUCAGACCAACAAGCAGCUGGAGCUGCAGGCCAAGCUGGCCGCCCAGAAACUGUCUGAGGGACUGAAGGUCUCUAUGGGGAGCUGCUCUGCUGACAGCGACCCCAUGGAGCCCGACACAGAGCUCCAGGACCAAGGAGCCCAGCUCUCCUCAGAGGAGGACUGAUCCCUGAGGGCCCUGAGGGCCGGAGCUGGGGGAACCAGGGGGACCUUGGCCCCGAGGGAACAAGCUUCCCAAUCAGGACCCAUCAAACGGGAUUUCCUCCCAGGACAAGAAUUGUUCAGAGAGGAAAGCAGCUUUGGCCGGUGUGAAGCUGGUCACUGGGCUCAGGGAUUCAAUGGUUCCCAACCAGUUCCUGAACUGUCAUUCAGUUUGUUCUGGGCUGAGGAAUAAUUAUAUAAUUAUAUAUAAUGAAUAAUAAUUAUAACACCUACUGGAGUCUUCAAUGCUACAGUUAAAGCAGAGGCCAGGGAGUUAACAUUUCUGUUUUUAGCCUGUUAGUAAUUAGAUAAAGCUCCUCAGCAGUGGAGAAGACUGUUUACAGCUUUGUCGAGAAAAAAAGACACGAGUCUGUAGUCAGAUUUAAUGAUUACAGAUUUAAUGUACAGAUUGUGAAACAGAAUUCAAUAAAUAAAUCCAUCUGAUUUCUCAAAUGGUUGUGAGUGUGUAAAGUCAGGUGACAGUCCAUUUAUUUC